AUGAGAAUCUCGUUCCUCGUCGUUGUUGUUUGCGUCCUUGCGGUGGACGGAAGAUCCUUCGCUCGAGAAGAAGAAACCUACAACAAUCACCACCGCCAUCUCCGUCGAAGUUUGCAGCAAGACUGUCCUCUUCCAGACAGUACCAUUGAUUGUUCAGACAUCACUUUUGAUCCGGUCAAUUGUGCGGGUUGCCCGUACGACAAUGUCUGUCUCUCCGAUGCGGCAGGAUGGUCUUCCUGUGAUCGAAUUUGUCCCAUUGCCAUUAGUCGGAGUUCUUCUUGUUUGCAAGGCGGCUCGGUCGAAUGCGGAGCCGCCCUUUGCUACUAUGAAACCAUUUGUCAAGGAAAAGACGUCGGAUUCGAUUCCAGCAGUUGCACCAACAUUGACUGUCCCGCUCCCGGACUCGGUCUCUGUACCAUGGAAUGGGUUCCCGUCGUGUGUGGGCCGUCCACGUGUCUCUAUUCCAAUACCUGUUUGGCCAGUCUGUCGGGGUGGAAUGUGGAGGAGGAUUGUAUAUUAGCAGAAGAAGAGGAAGAAGCAGUUCCAGAAGAAGCCUGCCCACAACCCCAAGCCGGAUCCGUCUGUCCCUUUAUCCUCUUGCCCGUGACCUGUGGUGGAUGUAACUAUUCGAAUGAAUGUCUCGCCAAUGCAGCAGGACUCUACGACUGUUCUUCCAAUCUCGAUCCGCCAACAGAACCCUGUGAUGGACCGGAUUGUUCGGAAGACUUGGAUAUAACGAACAUCGAAACCAUGGAUCCUUCAUCAACGGUGGGUCCCACCAUGGGAGAAACGUUUGUGGUGACACAGGUGCCGUGGACAUGA